UCCUACUUUUGUAGUUUUGGUUUUUCCUAAUCAAGGAUUAUUAUUGCAUAUAAACCAAUUGACAAAUCAAUGCUUGGUUUCAAAUUAUUUGUUAAUUUGCAAGUUAGAUCCAAAAGAAAACACCAACACGAUGAUGUCAAUUUUCAGUUCUUUUGAUGCUCUCUCCGCUGAAAUUUUGGGCCAAAAAGUGAACCACUCUUGGGCACCGCCCACUUCUGACAACAAACAACAACAAGGUGUGGGCCCUCUUGUAUCCGAUCGCAAGAUCGCCGUUUCUCCACCGUCUACUUCCGCAACCGGUAAACUGAACAAGACAGAAGAGGCGGCGCCGCCGUCAUCAUCUUCAAAAUCUCCGUCGCGCCCACGGAGGCCAAAGUUUGCACCGGAAUUGGAUGGGGUCUACUGUUUUGAAACAAUUCCUCCGUAUUGAUUUUUUUUACAUAAACACCAAAAAGAUUGAAAUUCUUUAUUCUUGUCAAUUGUCAAUUGUCAUGAUAUUAUUGAUUAUAUAUAAUUUGCUUAACUGAAAAACCUUCAA